UAUUUACAGUGUCCAUGGGGAGCCCCUAACACAACAUCAAUAUCGUGUUCCCUUGCUGAUGUAAUGAGUGAACAGCUGGCGAAAGAGCUGCAGCUGGAAGAAGAAAAUGCUGCUUUUCCUGAAGCGGUUGCUGUUGCUGAAGGACCAUUUAUUACAGGAGAAAAUAUUGACACUUCUAGUGACCUAAUGCUAGCUCAGAUGCUGCAGAUGGAAUUUGACAGGGAAUAUGAUGCACAGCUUCGGCGUGAAGAGAAGAAGAUCAAUGGGGAUAGCAAAGUCUCCAUAUCCUUUGAAAAUUAUCGGAAGGUACAUCCCUAUGACAGUGACAGCUCAGAGGAUGAGGUUGAUUGGCAGGAUACCCGUCAUGAUCCCUAUAGAGCAGAUAAACCUACUACUACGCCGAGAAAGGGCUUCAUAGGAAAAGGGAAAGACAUUACUACUAAACAUGAUGAAGUGGUAUGUGGAAGAAAGAACACUGCUCGCAUGGAAAAUUUUGCACCUGAAUUCCAAGUUGGGGAUGGAAUCGGGAUGGACUUAAAGCUGUCAAAUCAAGUCUUCAAUGCCUUAAAGCAGCAUGCAUACUCUGAGGAACGUCGAAGUGCAAGGCUACAUGAAAAGAAGGAGCACUCCACCGCUGAGAAAGCAGUGGAUCCUAAAACGCGUUUACUUCUGUACAAGAUGGUCAAUGCUGGGAUGCUGGAGACCAUCACAGGCUGCAUCAGCACAGGAAAAGAAUCUGUUGUUUUUCAUGCAUAUGGAGGAAAAAGUGCAACUGAAGAUAAAGUUAUACCUCCAGAAUGUGCCAUCAAAGUGUUUAAAACAACUCUUAAUGAAUUCAAGAACCGUGACAAAUACAUUAAGGAUGACUACAGAUUUAAAGACCGCUUCAGUAAAUUGAAUCCACGAAAGAUUAUUCGUAUGUGGGCUGAGAAAGAAAUGCAUAACUUAACAAGAAUGCAAAAUGCAGGAAUUCCUUGUCCUCAAGUGGUUAUCCUUAAGAAACACGUCUUGGUUAUGUCUUUCAUUGGCCAGGAUCAAGUCCCAGCUCCUAAACUAAAGGAUGUAACACUUAGUAGUGAAGAUAUGAAAAAGGCCUACUAUCAGAUUCUUAAUAUGAUGCAACAGUUGUAUAAGGAGUGCAACCUGGUCCACGCAGAUCUGAGUGAAUACAACAUGCUUUGGCAUGAUGGGAAGGUCUGGCUUAUUGAUGUCAGUCAGUCUGUGGAGCCAACUCAUCCUCAUGGACUUGAGUUUUUGUUCAGAGACUGUAGGAAUGUUUCACAGUUCUUCCAGAAAGGAGGUGUGGCAGAAGCACUUAAUGAGCGUGAACUCUUCAAUGCUGUCUCAGGUUUAAAUAUUACAGCUGAGAAUGAAGUAGACUUCCAAGCAGAGAUUGAAGCUUUGGAGAAGAUGAAUGAAGAUCAUGUGCAGAAUCAUGGAAAGAAACUGUCAAUGUUUUCAAGCGACGGAGACCCACCUAUAUAUGAUGAAUAGCACUGAGCAUACAGCUGCUGACGAAACGAAACACGAAUUUACUGCUUCUGACCGUGUUGGUGCAGUGGUGAAUGUCAACUACAAAUGUCAAGACAGAGUGGUUGACUGGGAAUACCAAAAUGGAAAACACAGCGAGCAUACGGUGAUGCCUCAGUGUUGUUUGUUUUUUUUUAACUUAGCCCACACAUCAGGCUGGCACUGUGAGAAUGGACUGUCACUACCUCUUCGGAUGGUCUGACAGCUUCACCAAUUAAUUGCCCAGUUACGUUAGACUAAUGUAGCUGAGGUGGUCAUAUUUUGCGUGAUUCAGAGCUUGUAUGUUUUAGUUUAAAAAAAAAAAAAUCAUCUAGAUUGUCUAAAGUAUUUAGUGGGAAAGCACACUAGGAGAGUCCCUCUUUUUUUCCUAUUGCUACUUGAAAAACUAAUUAAAAAAUUGUGUAUGGACACAAUGUCAGUUGAACCUUUCAUCCUUCUCCACCAAGGGCAAAAUGAAAAGUCAAACUAUGCGCUGCAAUCAUAAGAAAAUGUUAAUUUAACAGACCAAUGUCUUUAUACAUGCGAAAGUCUGGACCUUUUCGUUUGAAGUACGUGGAAUGUGGCUCUAACUAUCUCUGUAAAUACAAUUGGGUAUUACAUGAGAAACAGAUUUGAAUCCAACCAGCAGAGGACUUCUUUGGUGAUGUGCCAGGAAAUCCUGAGGGCCGCAUCCCAGUUGCGUAACAAAGAGUUCAGUUAGCUUCACUCUUAAUACACAAGCAGUUCCAAGAACUCAGUGCAAGCAAAAAAAAAAAUUCUCUAUAAUAAUCCUGUCUCUAAACUGAAAAUCUGGGUACAGCAUCAAACAUUCUUACUCGCCCCAAAGAUAAUCAUAGACUAUGAAAACUGAAUCUCGAUCGUCAUUAGUUUUAAACCUUGUUGCUUACUAGUGCAAGGAUACUACUCAAAUUUAUCUUUUUCUCAUGCUUUUAUUCUUAAUGGCAGUCUUUUUAUUUUAGCAAGUUCUAAAACUCUGGCAAUGUUUCUCUCCAAAACAACACAUCUAAAGAUGAACUGAUGUAGUGGGGUGGUUUGGAAUGAAGAAACUCUGAUCGACUUCUUUUUAACUGACUGCUGUUUCCGAUGCUGCUCUCUAUCAAGCAGAAUACCGUGUUGCUGCGUGUGACAUUCUCACAGUGUGCUGUGGAAGUGGUUUUAUUUUUUUUAAUUUUUUUUUGUUGUUGGAAAACUGGUGAAGUAAAAACUUCAGAUCUGGUG